UUUCUUAUUAAUUUUGGAACAACCUGAGACUCAUAAUCAAUCAAAAUGGUACUUAUAAAAAGUAGUACUACUACUACUGCCACUAUUAUGCUUGUAUUCCUUUGUGCUGCCUUGUUGUCUUCUGCUAGGUUGCAUCCUGCAGGAGGAGCUGAAGUUAAUGAUAUUUCAAGUACAAAGGCUAAUGUUGCAAGUGAGACUAUAAACAACAAUAAGGACAAAAACAUAGCUGCAAUGGACAUGAAGAAACAAAGUGUGAAUUCACCAAAAUCCAGUUUUCAUGGAAAGAGAAGUUUAUCAGAUGAGUUUGUUGCUUUUACUGCUGACUAUCAUCCACCAAGGCAUCACCCACCAAAGAACAACAAAUAAUCAGUACUCUACUUAGAUCAAUGCAAGAUAUAUAUAUUGGUGUUGUUCUUAUUUUGCUUAUCCUUUACUUUAUGUUUUUCUAGCUCAAGAGUGUCACGUAUCUUAAAAUUUUCAUAAUACUAUAUUCUUUUUGCCAGUGUAAUGUAAAAUUAAUAUAUUUAUGUCAAUGAAAGU